UGUGUGUGUGUGUGUGUGUGUGUGUGUGUGUGUGUGUGUGUGUGUGUGUGUGUGUGUGUGUGUGUGUGUGUGUGUGUGUGUGUGUGUGUGUGUGUGUGUGUGUGUGUGUGUGUGUGUGUGUGUGUGUGUGUGUGUGUGUGUGGGUGUGUGUGUGUGACAUACAUUAUAAAGAUGCAGGCUUAAAGUGACAUUCAUUCAUCUCUCGCACUUCAAGAAGUGUGUCAGCACCGAGCUAAAACGAGACAACACACACUCUCUCUCUCUCACACACACACUCUCUCUCUCACACACACAGACACACACACACAGACACACACACACCCGGGUCCCGAUCUCCCUCUGCUAUGGUGAUCCACAUAGGCGGCGUCCACAACUUCAGCACCGCGGAGAGCGCCCCCCCGGACGCCAGCCUGCGCGGCUCCGGUGGCCCAGACUCGGAGGCUCCGGACGGCUUGAGCCGCGGCGGCCACACGGCGGUGGCGGUGUGCCUGGGCUUCAUCCUGGUGGCGGGCGUCGUCAACAACUCCCUCUCGCUGCUGGUGUUCGCCCGGUUCCGGUGCUUGUGGACGCCCAUCAACGUGGUGCUGCUCAACAUCAGCCUGAGCGACGCGCUGGUGUGCGUCUUCGGAACCCCGCUGAGCUUCGCCGCCAGCCUGCACGGACGCUGGCUGAUCGGGGAGUCGGGCUGCAGGUGGUACGGCUUUGCCAACUCUUUCUUCGGGAUCGUGUCGCUGGUGUCCUUGUCCGUUCUGUCGUACGAGCGCUACGUCACCGUGCUGCGCUCCUCCCAAGUGGACAUGUCGGACUUCAGGAAGGCCUGGUUGUGUGUCGGGGGUUGCUGGCUCUACGCCCUCCUCUGGACGCUGCCUCCGCUGCUGGGCUGGAGCAGCUACGGGCCCGAGGGCCCCGGCACCACCUGCUCGGUGCAGUGGCACCUUCGCUCGCUCAGCAGCGUGUCGUACGUGGUGUGUCUCUUCCUCUUCUGCCUGCUGCUGCCCCUCCUGCUCAUGCUCUACUCCUACGCACGCAUCGUCAUCACCGUCAGGCGGAUGGGUAAGAUGAAGCGGGUGACAUCCCAGCGCAGAGAGCACGCUCUGCUGAGGAUGAUGGUGACCUUGGUGUCCUGCUACCUGCUGUGCUGGAUGCCUUACGGCGUCAUGGCCCUCAUCGCCACCUUCGGGGGCGCCCGGCUGGUCACGCCAUCCACCAGCGUGGUGCCCUCCGUCCUGGCCAAGUUCAGCACCGUCAUCAACCCCGUCAUCUACGUCUUCUUCAACAACCAGAUGUAUGUUCUAUUCCUGCAGUUUUCCAGAUGUCUGAUGACCUUGGUGCGCUGCAGAGCUGAGCCGGUCCAGGAAGUGCGAGCGACCCCGAAGUCACAGAGGUUAUCUUCUCUGGUGCACGCCACUACCAGCGGCCGCCAUGGCCUGGUUGUUCACUACACGCCACAUGCGUGCUCUGCAAACAUCACCCAGUGA